UAGCACUCGGCUCGACGCUUGGAACAUGGCAUCAUCAUCUUCGUGCUUGGUUGCUCUUUUCUUUGCCAUCGCCGCCACCAUUCCUGCUGCUCAUGGCCAGUCGCCGCAAGCGGGCUUUAUAAGCAUCGACUGUGGGAAUUCCAAAUCUGAUUACGUCGAUCAUAGUACAAGUUUAGCAUACGUCUCCGAUGACCGAUUUAUCGACGUGGGAUCAGAUUUCUACAUCCAAUCAAACUACAUAAACUCCUCUGUUCCAACGCAACAACUCAAUCUCAGAAGCUUUCCUGAUGGACUCCGGAAUUGCUACACCUUAAAGCCUGUGCCUCAGAACAGUACGUAUCUUGUCAGAGCAACUUUCAUGUACGGAAACUACGACGGCAAGAAUAGCCAGAUACAAUUUGAUCUUCACAUCGGAGUCAAUCAUUGGAAGACGAUGAACAUCUCCGAUCCAUCUGCUAUCUAUACGGCCGAGGCUCUGAGUCUUGCUACUGCCAAUUCCACAUCGGUUUGUUUGGUUAACACCGGAGGUGGAACUCCUUUUAUAUCUUCGUUGGAGCUGAGGCCACUCGGGAACGGUCUUUACGGGAAAUACGUAACUGCUUCGCAGUCUGUGGUUCUCGUCACACGACGCAACAUGGGAGCAUCCGACACCGUGAGGUUCCCGGACGACCCUUGCGAUCGCGUCUGGAGCCCCUACAUGGAUCCCUCCUGGUCCACCUUGUCCUCCACCUCGGAGGUGAACAAUAGCGGCAAUAUGUUCGAGCCGCCGUCCGCUGUGAUGCAGACGGCGGUGACUCCGGCCAGUGGCUCGCAGCUGGCCUUCUCCUGGGACUCCGUCUCCCCCGACGACGAGCUGUACGCCGUUCUGCACUUCGCCGAACUCCAGAAACUGACGGGCAACGCGACGAGGGUGUUCAACAUCACCCGGAAUGGCGAGUUCAGGCAUCGUUUCGAUAUCCUGCCUUACCUCCUGGCUCGUAACUUAUACAGCACCGUGCCAUUCGAAGGCUAUUCUCGGUAUCAAUACACACUCGACGCGACGAGCGACUCCACCCUCCCGCCCAUCAUCAACGCCUUCGAGGUCUAUUCGUUGAUGCAGCUCACACAAGCCGCCACCGAUUCCGGAGACGUUGACGCCAUGAUGGCAAUCAAAUCACACUAUCAACUUAAGAGAAAUUGGAUGGGUGAUCCAUGUGCUCCAAAAGCAUACGUAUGGGAUGGCUUGAAUUGUAGCUACAAUACUGAUCCACCGAGGAUCACAAAUAUAAAUUUGACUUCCACAGGAUUGACUGGUGAAAUAUACAUCUCUUUUGCCAUGCUUGAAGCUGUCAAGUACCUGGACUUGUCUCACAACAACUUUAGUGGAGCAAUACCUGAUUUUCUAGGCAGUUUAUCAUCUCUCGUUGUCCUAGAUUUGUCUUUUAACAAUUUAACAGGAACAGUACCCGAUUCUCUUGAAAAUCUUGUAUCACUCCAAAUUCUAAAUUUGGCAGGAAACAAUUUCAAUGGAUCUGUUCCUGAAAAACUCUGCAAAAGGUCAGAUGCUGGGUUACUUACACUCAGGCUUGACAAAAAUGGCUGUAACAAAGCAUCUUCAUCAAGGUCCAAAAUAUCUAUCAUUGUAAUUAUUGCAGCAGUGUCUGGGCUGCUACUUCUUGUGGUAAUAUUGGUAGCUGUGGUAUGGAACAUCAGAAAGCAGCAAGGUCGGUCCUCUAAAACCUCUGUGCGGCCACGUAGUGUUGUAGUCUACUCUCAGCAGAGAGAGCAUCAAAUUUCAUUUGAGAGUAGGCAGUUUACAUACACACAGUUGGAGAACAUAACAAAUAAGUUUACAACGGUCAUCGGGAAAGGAGGUUUUGGCAUGGUUUAUCAUGGUUGCUUGGAAACUGGAAAGCAAGUUGCGAUCAAGAUGCGUUCUGUAUCAUCACCACAAGGAAUGAAGGAAUUUUUGGCUGAGGCCCAGAACCUGACGAAGAUCUACCACAGGAAUCUGGUUUCUCUGGUUGGUUAUUGCAUGGAUGGGAAUUGCCUAGCUCUUGUUUACGAAUACAUGAAGCAAGGAAGCCUUCGAGACCAUCUACGAGAUAAGGCUGGUUGUGCCAAAGUCUUGAGUUGGGGACAGCGGCUUCAAAUUGCACUGGAUGCUGCACAAGGGCUGGAUUAUUUGCACAAAGGAUGCAAGCCUCGAAUAAUCCAUAGAGAUGUCAAGAGCAGCAACAUUCUCUUGAGCGAAGAACUAGAGGCUAAAAUAGGGGACUUUGGGUUAUCCAAAUCUUUCCAUAGCGAUGAGCAAACCUAUGUGUCCACAGGGACAGUGGUUGGCACCCCUGGAUAUAUUGAUCCCGAGUACCAUCAAAACUACCAGCUCACUGAGAAGAGUGAUGUGUACAGCUUUGGUGUAGUUCUCCUGGAGCUGAUCACCGGCAGACCUCCGAUCGUGCCCGGUCCAGGAAAUGCUCACAUUGUUAAGUUGAUUGCCACAAGUCUGUCUCGGGGUUGCAUAGAAGAAAUCAUGGAUGAAACUCUGCAAGGAGAAUACGAUGCCACUUCUGCGUGGAAGAUUCUGGAUCUAGCUCUCAGGUGCACCGCAGAUACAGGCAGCCAGAGGCCGACAAUGUUUGAAGUAGUGACGCAGCUGAAGAGCUGCUUGAAGCCAGAGAUUGCCUCUGACAGUAGCGAUAUCAUAUAUAUUGAAGGAUUUAACAUGAGCCGAGAAAUUUCGUCUGAGAUGGGGGCGAGCUUGCUGGCACCAACUGUUCCUUCUAUCAGAUGAAACUUAUCGCAGUUGUCUCUGUUCGUGUAUGCUGUGCGCGUUAAGGUAAGAUGUAGUGCAUGUAACUGUGUUUGGCACUUGUACUGCUGCAAAAUAGGAUGUUCCUCCUGGGGAUUUCUGCAUCGGAAUAAAUAUAGAAUUUGGUGUUGUGUAAUCUAUGCACUACUGUAUCUCUUUUAGGCAACAAUGAAACAAUAUGCUGUAAUCUGAAAACCCACCGGACCGCAGAUAUCUCCGUUUUAAUGGAUUAGAACAUCAAUACAUCAUGUAAUAAGUUUGGUCUC